GUGGGCGGGCCCUGUUGUCCCCCCACCCCGGGUGGGCGGAGCCAAGUCCCGCUCGGCAUGGCCAGCAGCUCGUACCAUGGCCGCCCAGCAGCACCUCUUGGAUUUCUGUCUCUCGGCGCCAGCUGAUGGCAGGACUGUUCUUGAAGCAUUGCAGCCCAUUUUUCAAGAACAAAGUAUGACAGAGACAGUUCACAAUUUAGGAGAAAAUGGGUAUUUGGUAACGUAUGUUGCAAAGAGUGGCAGCUUUGCCACUCUGAGAAUGUAUACGGAUAAGCUACUGACAUUUGACAUUCAUAGCUAUGAAGCAGAUAACAAAGGACGAGCAGCAAUUGAAACGCUCUGCAACAGACUGGAGGAGAAGAUGAAAGACCUUUUGCAGGGGAAUAUUAAAAGGUUAAAAAGGUUACCGGCCAUCAUAAGAGGAGGGACCAUUGAUAGGUACUGGCCCACUGCAGAUGGCCGAUUAGUUGAGUAUGACAUUGAUGAUGUUGUUUAUGACGAAGAUUCUGCAUAUCAAAACAUCAAGAUUCUCCAUUCAAAACAAUUUGGAAAUAUUCUUAUCCUCAAUGGUGAUAUUAAUUUAGGAGAGAGUGACCUUCCAUACACACAAGCUAUAAUGGGCAAUGGAGUGGAGGACUACACAGGGAAAGAAAUUCUUAUCCUGGGAGGAGGAGAUGGCGGAAUCCUAUCUGAGCUGGUCAAGUUAAAACCAAAGAUGGUUACCAUGGUGGAAAUUGACCAGAUGGUGAUUGAUGCAUGUUGCAAACACAUGCGCAAAACUUGUGGCGAUGUUCUGGACAAUUUGAAAGGAGACUGCUAUCAGGUGUUGGUUGAAGAUUGCGUUCCAGUACUGAAGACAUAUGCUGCAGAAGGAAGGCUGUUUGAUUAUGUUAUUAAUGAUCUAACAGCAGUUCCUAUCUCCACAUCUCCAGAAGAAGAAUCAACAUGGGAUUUUUUGCGACUUAUUCUCGACCUUGCUGUGAAGGUUUUGAAACCCACUGGGAAGUAUUUUACACAGGGUAACUGUGCAAACUUGACAGAAGCACUAGCAAUGUACGAAGAGCAGCUGAACAAGCUCUAUUGCCCUGUGGAAUAUUCCAAGAAAGUUGUGUGUGUUCCCUCUUAUGCAGAAUUAUGGGUGUUCUACACAGUGUGGAAAAAGUAGAACGGAUCUUUUCAAAACAAAAGUUGCGAGUUGUCAUUUUAUGAAAAUCAAUAAAAUUCUUAAUCAUAAGGAUGGCAGGGCUUUGUGCUGCAUGAUGCUUUUUAGCUUGCACCCUGGUGCAUGCUCUUUCUCAAACUGAAGAAAUGCUGUGUACUUACAUCAAGGCUGCUGGCCGAGGUGUCUUGCAUUGUGCUGUGAUGCAACUUCUCAUUUCAGGAAAGACACGACUUGUAUAUUUUGCUGGGAUGUGUUUUUUUUAAUAAUGUCUAGUCAUUUACAUUUUAAAUGGGAGUGCAAGGCAAACUGCUGACUGCACUGGACUUCUGAAUGUUGCUGUAAAUGUGAAUCUUUUACUUUGUGAAUGUGUGACAGGCAAAUUCACAAUUUGUGUUUAGUGGGUGAUGUUUUGUUCCAGUUACAUUGUUAUCUUGAUUGCCUUUGCAUAUUUCAACCUGCGGUAUCUUACUCGUAUGUCAACCAUAGUUCAGAAAUUGAUUUUUUUUAAUUUAUUUGCUUUGUUUUCAGAAUAAACACAAAUAUUGACAUGUG